GAUAAGUCACAAAGCCACAAUCCAUUGUACUUUUAAUGAGGAUUUUGUUCAGAACUACAUCUACGAAUAGAAAAAAACUACAAGCAUUUAUACUUCUGACUCAUCCCUUUUCUUAAAAAAAGUGUUUUAUUUUCAUAAUCAAUUUGCUAUUUCAUGGUCUACAACAUGAGAAAAAGUCAUACCAUAUACAUAAAAAUAAAAUACAAAAUGUAGUAACGUUGGACACCACUAUGGGGCACCACUGUGCACCAGCAAGCAUCACAACAAAGAAGGAGGUAAAUGCGUGCAAAUGUAAAAUGCCCCAUUUUUGCCUUGGGCCCCCAAACUGUAUAAAUGCUACCAUAUCUUCAGUUCAAAACAGCCAUAAUUGAAAAAAAAAAAAAAAAAAAGUAGAGUAGAGUAGGUUGCGUCGCUGGAUAUUACUGUUAGUUAAUAUUUGUAUCAAAAACAAUUGUAUUGUGUCUUACGACACUUUCUUUCAACAUUAUAACUGACAGUCUGCAGUAAAGACAGCUAGGGACAGACAGUUUAUGUUGCACAGCUUCAUGUAGAUUGGUUUGCUCACCUUGUGAAUACAUGUUGAAAUUGAAUACAUAAGAAAAGUGAUUUUGUUGCUUUUGCUGAUAUUAGCGUUUAAAACAGAUGACAUAUGUGUCAAAUAGUUGACAUAUGUUUGUUAUGUCGCUAGUAGUAGGCUAUGUAAUGUUUGUAGAAUGUACUACUGAGUGGGGGGGAAAAAAGAGCACAAACCGAACAACAUAAGGCAAAUGGCAGUCAUAACAUUACAAGUCUUCAGGUAAAACAAAAGAAAGAAAAUUACACAACAUCUGUUAUUAAAUAUUACAAGAUGGUUAGUUCCAGUCCUCGAUUCUGAUUGGUCAACAGCUGUGUUUUAUUCACAAUAAAGCAAGGCUAUAACUGCUUUACCCAACGGUUCUGUGUGUCACUGCGCAAUACUCUUAACAACAUAAACAAUCAAUAAUAUAGCGUCAAUAAUAUAGCGUCAAUAAUAUAGAGUAUUUCAGCAAAAUGAACUGUUUGUUGUUUAUUUAACAACACAUUUGCUGGUAGUAAUGCCGUAAAUGAGUCCUACCUGUCACAACAUUCCUAAAAAAAAAAAAAAAAGCCUCCUCUCAAAUUCUCAAAAAACAUUUUUUUUUUAUAAAGGUAUCUACAUAUAGUUGAAAUAAAAUGAAAAUAUUGUUUAGUGUAAAACAUGUUGAAGAUUAGCGAACAGCUUGUCGAUUCAUUAUUAACUGAUAAGCUGUUUCCUCACGGAAGCUGUUUAUUCUGUGUAUUGAAGCCUCUCCUUCACUGACAUCCGUUCAAAAAAUACGACCUCUGGUCUCCUUUCCUGUGCACAGCCAAAGCAGCAGCGUUAGCAUUAGCCGUUACGCUUUUUUGCCUUGUCUUGCUAUUGUAAAUUCUGCUGCACUGCAUUAACUGCUACAGAAUGAUUGGCAUGCUGGUUUAAGGUGUGUUUGGUGCUGAUGCAGAUGAAGUGAAGUCAGUAUCAGUGAUGGAGGGAGAUUCUGUCACUCUAAACACUGAUGUUACAUUACUUAGAGAUGAUCAGAUACUGUGGAUGUUUGGACCUAAAGAGACUCGAAUAGCUGAAAUAUACAAGCAGAACAUUGAUAUGUAUGACAGUAAUGAGACAUUUGGAGACAGACUGCAGAUGGACAGUCAAACUGGAUCUCUGACCAUCAGAAACAUCAGAACUGAACACACUGGACUUUAUAAACUACAGAUCUUCAGCAACAGAGGAAACUCAUACAAGAGAUUCAGUGUUACUGUCUAUGCUGCUCUUCCUGUUCCUGUCAUCACCAGAGACUCUUCACAAUGUUCUCCAUCUGAAAUAUCAUCAGGUCAGAAUUGUUCACUGCUGUGUUCAGCUGUGAAUUUGAGUCAUGUGACUCUCUCCUGGUACAAAGGAAACAGUUUAUUGUCCAGCAUCAGUGUAUCUGAUCUCAGCAUCAGUCUCUCUCUUCCUCUGGAGGUGGAGUAUCAGGAGAAAAACACCUACAGCUGUGUGAUCAACAAUCCCAGCAGAAACCAGACCAAACAUCUGGACACCUAUCAACUUUGUCAUAGAUGUCCAGAACGGGAUGAGCGUUCACGUCUCAACAUUUCAAUAGCUGUUACAGCACUGCUGCUGGUGUUCAUAGCUGUAGUUGCAGGUUUGAUGUACUGCCACAGAAAGCGUAAACAAUCAGAAAAAGAAGUUGAGGCUCAAGAGGAAGAGAUACUUUACGCUGAUACAACAUUCUGUGAAUAUCGGGUUAAGAGUACGGAUGUCGUUGCAGCAGAUCAAACAGAAUAUUCAACUGUUAAGACAUGAAAGACCCCUGGAUGAAAGAAGAAAGCCGUCGUGUUUACAACUGUGACAAUGAGCGUUUAUCAGGAUCAACGAAACACUGAAUUUUCAAAACCAUGCACAUCUCCAACGUCAUCGUCAAAUUUGCGGACGACACAACGGUGAUAGGUCUGAUCACCGACGACGAUGAAUCAGCCUACAGAGAAGAGGUGCACACCCUGACUAACUGGUGCCACAACAACAACCAUCAGGCAGACGGUACCGCAGCAUCAGGACCCGAACCAGCAGAACGCGAGACAGCUUCUUCCCGCAGGCCAUCAGACUGCUGAACUCCAGAUAGCAAACGACACUCACACACCUACCCCUACCCCUCACACUGGAUUCCACCUACACACCAGUCACACUGACUCUGACAGCACAACCCGGUUUUUAUUGAACAUAUCUGUCUGAGAAGCAAGAGUCUGGAAAUGCUGUUUUAACUUGUUACGUGACAAAUCAGAUCUUCAGUUAAUUUGGCCAAAUCAGAUCACUUAAAGCUGUUCACUGCAAGAACAAGAACUAUAAUGAUAACUAUUUUAGCAUCCACACCAACAGACAAUAAUGUUCUGUUUAUUAUAACUGCACGCUGUGAUUGUUGUCUGCCAUUUAAAUGCUCCAGCUCUUUAAAGUCUGGUGGAUUCUGAUUGUCUGUCAAUGUUUUUAUUGUUCAUCAGCUGGAAAAAUUUGUUCUGAAAGAGUCAAAAGAGAUUCCAAUGAUAUUGUUCCUCUGUGUCAUUAAAGGUUAAAUAGCUGCGGUAUAGAUUCAUCCUUGAUGUGAAGAUGCCUUUAAAUUGCUUACAACAAUACCGCCAGCAUUUAAUCAUAUUUAAAAUAAUUCAUAAUAAUAUAGCUUGCUAUUGAAGAAUACAGCUUUUUUCCAAUGCUGUUUUCCUCUUAUUCUGUAAAACGUACACACAAAAGUCUGUUUCUCUUCAUCUUAUUCCUUUACUCCGUCACUCACUUACACAUUCUUUUACACUCUGUUGUAAGGUAGAAACAGAGAGUUUGCGUGAUGGCCUUUUCUCAGACUCUGAAUCUGAUGUAUGCAGAUGAACUCAGGAGCCACUAGAGUUGCCAGGGAACUUGAGCUUGAACUAAAGACCAAAAACGCAAAGAAAAUCAGUCACAGCAAGCCGGUCAAACCAGUCCUGUUGGGGAUGAGGAAUGAACGUGGCCUACACUUGUGCCCAAACAGAAAAGAAAGGUUGCACAUUUCCACUGCUCCUACAAUCAGCAAAUCAGCUGUGCAUCAUCUCUGGGAUUUGGGCAGGAAAUGAUUGAAUAUGGAGGAUGAAGCCAGUUGAUGAAGAUAUCAAUUCAAUGGCCACCAAGUGAAGCACUGCUGCCUGAACCCAUCAGAUAUCUGCUGUGAAGACUGCAUUCACGAACGGCUCUACUGCAACAGCUCAGAUGUUACGGGCCAUAAAAGAAACUUCACAACUGAACAACUAGAAGAUAAGAGGAGGGAUUCAUUUAGGCCAUAACUCCAUCAAGAAUCAAUGGACAUCAAGACCAGGUGGUGUGUGAGGAAAGCACAGAGGACUGUCAGAGACUCCAGCCACCCGAGCCAUGGAUUGCUCUCACCGUUACCAUCAGGCAGAUGUUAUCGCAGAACCUUCACCAGCAGACUGCAAGACAAGUUCUUUCCACAGACAAUCAGACUGAACUGAACUCGUACCAGUAACACCACACAGCACACAGCACACAGCACACCAACCUCAUAUGUACUGCACUCUAUCAGUUACACUGACUGGACUCUGACUCACUAUUAUUCUGCACCGUGACAUUCUGUUUGCACUAAUUCACGCCGUACUGCACUGCAAAGAUAUAUAUGUACUGUGAUUAUUGUUUAUUAUUGUUUUCAUUUCAUGCUCUCUGUAUAGAAUAAUAUUUACCAUAUAUUGUUCUCUUUAUGUAUUGAGUUCUUAUAUAUAUAUAUAUAUAU